CUAUAGGCUCUAGCAGUUAGUUUCGAGCGGUAGCCCGGUGGCGUGCAGUCGUAGAAAGAUAAUUGAAGUUUCCUUUAUUAAAGCAGUCUAAAGUACCUAUAUAUAUUUUUUUUAUUACUUCGAUUUACUAACAUUUAAUGAUUAUUUAACAUUUAAUCAUUAAUUGCAGGAAUUCUAAUAAUGGAUAUAUUAAAGAAUGUAUCGUCGGCGUUUUGGUCAACUGAUGUUUGGUUACCGCCUAAUAUAACGUGGGAUGAUAUCAAACCAAAUUCAGAGAAUAAAUAUGCAGACUAUCAACACUUAAUUUAUCCUUUGCCUAUGGCAUUUAUUCUUUUGAUAAUCAGAUAUGCUUUAGAAAGGUAUUGUUUUGCGCCUAUUGGUAAGUCUCUUGGUAUAAAAAAUACAAGAACAAAGAAAGCUGCGCCAAAUGAAAUACUAGAAAAAGCCUAUCGUAGCAGAAAAAUUAAACAUAAACAGAUCCUGGCAUUGGCUAAACAAUUAGAUUGGUCUGAACGACAAGUAGAAAGAUGGUUGCGAUUAAGACGUACUCAGGAUAAGCCAUCAACACUUACAAAAUUUUGUGAAAACAGCUGGCGAUGUUUAUAUUAUAUAUACUCAUUUCUUUAUGGACUCAUUAUUUUAUGGAACAAGCCAUGGUUAUGGGAUAUAAAUUAUUGUUAUUACAAUUAUCCAUAUCAUCCAGUUUCAAAUGAUAUAUGGUGGUACUAUAUGAUAUCAAUGGCAUUUUACUGGUCUUUAAGUUUUUCUCAAUUUUUUGAUGUAAAAAGAAAGGAUUUUUGGCAAAUGUUUAUUCACCAUAUAGCUACUAUUGUAUUAAUGUGCUUUUCAUGGGUUGGAAAUCUAACUAGAAUUGGCUCAUUAGUGUUAUUAGUACAUGACUGUGCAGAUAUUUUUCUAGAAGCUGCAAAAAUGGCUAAAUAUGCUAACUACCAAAAAUUAUGCGAUUGUAUAUUCGUUAUUUUCACAAUAUUGUGGAUUAUUACACGUAUUGGUGUUUAUCCAUUUUGGAUAAUUUAUAGUACCUCGAUAAAGGCACCUAAAAUAGUACCUAUGUUCCCAGCAUAUUAUAUUUUCAAUUCUUUACUAAUUUUAUUGUUAUUCCUUCACAUGAUUUGGACAUAUUUAAUUCUUAAAAUCGCUUAUAACGCUUUCUAUGCUGGUCAAAUGGAGGGCGAUAUUCGUAGCAGCAGCAGUGAAGAUAUUUCAGAUACCUCCAUGGAUAAUACACCGUUAAAUAAUUCUACAAAUUAUAUUACUAAACAAAAUUCCAGACAAAAAGUUCACUAACAAAUAAUUUUCUAGAAAAAAGAAGUUAUUGUAACAGUAAUAAGGCAAGAAUUCAAACAUUUAGCCAGGCGCUAAUUAAUUUCAGCGAAUUUAAUAAAUCCUUGCAUUUAUCGUAGUAUGAUAAUUAAAAACUUCAGCUUUGAUAAAGUUGAUAAAAAGAUUAAUAAUCUUCAAAAUAUUCACAUUUUUUUGUUUCUGUUUCUGUAUCAAUAAUUUAGUAUUGCAAGGAAAUCAUUUAAUUAUUUUAUACAUAAAAAAUAAUCAUUCAUUAUUUUAAUAUCGUGAGGACUAUAUUAAGAAUUAUGCAUUACUCUUUUAUUAAUUAUACCAUUUAUUUAUAUAUACUUUAUUUAAUAAUUUAAGAAAUCUUUUCCUUUUUUUAGUAAGUAAAUUUAUCAAUUUAUUUAGUCAAACAAAUGAUGGACCAAAGUUUAAACAUUCAAGUAUCUGUAAUUUCUGAAUUUUCUCAGUUUAGAAUUUCAUUAUGUUUAAUAAUGUUUAUUUAUUCUUAUAUACUUUACAAAUGUGAAAUGAUGUUUUAAACUUUUUGGAUUAAGAAAAUUAAUAAUAAUAUUUUAUAUAAGUUUGAAAAAUUUUUUUCUUGAAUUAACCUUUCUUACUACAGUUUUCUGAGGAUAAGUAACGUAAUAAUUGUUAUAAUAUUAGCGUUUCUUGUAUAAAAAUAAAUGUAUUCUUCACUUUACUUCUGAAAAUGUACAUUGACAUUUAGACGAUAAAAAUCAAAAUAUGAAUAAAAAUUUAAAAAAUAUAUGUAUUAAUUUAUUUAUAUGACAAACAAGAUGGAAGAUUUGUAAAUAAAUUUUGUUUGUAAAAUCAUUCAAUUUCAAUGCAUAACCUGUAUUGUUUCUACAUUUUUUUACUAUUUUUUUUACCGAUUCUAAUUUUUAUGAUUUAAUUUGUAAAUAUAGAUA